ACCGAGGGAAGGGCUUGAGGCCUAGGUGGAGAAACCGUCAAAGAAGCGGAAAAAAAGAAGCGUGGGGGGAUUUUUUUUUCCUCCCCCCUCCCUGCCUGCACGCUGAAGGUCUCCGGCCAAGAAGAGGAAAAAAACCACGGAGGAGAUGCAGAGCUGGUGAAUUAUACUGAACGGUGGAAUAUUAAUUCCUGUUUUGGACCGUUGUUUAUUAAUUUGGAGAAGCUUAUACAUUUUAUUGCCAUCAAUUAUACAUAACCCAUAUCAUUGUCCAGCAAGAUGACCCAGGCUGAAAUCAAGCUUUGUUCUCUCCUGCUCAGCGAACAUUUUGGUGAAAUUGUGGAAAAGGUUGGAAUGCAGCUCAUCCGUAUGGGUGGACAGACAUUAUGGAUGAUUUCCCAAAACACAGGCACGUCACUCGAUCAGGCCCGGAAAGCUCUCUGUGUCCUCAUUCAACACAACUUGGUGAUAUUCCAGCAGCAGAAGCGAGGCCAGGUCGAGUAUGAAGCCCAAUGCAGCCGAAUUCUGCGGAUUCUUCGGUAUCCCCGCUACAUCUACACAGCUAAAACUCUCUAUAGCGACACAGGGGAACUGAUUGUGGAGGAAUUGCUACUCAACGGUAAAAUGACCAUGAGUGCCGUAGUGAAGAAGGUGGCUGACCGGUUGACCGAGACCAUGGAAGAUGGGAAAACAAUGGAUUACAGCGAAGUCUCUGCCACCUUUACUUGCCUGGCAGAUACGCAUUUUGUUCAGAGAUGCCCUUCGCCGCCCGAAGGUUCUGAGUCUACCGAAACCCGGCCUUCUCCCACGCCUACGUUGGCCUUUAAUGAGAAGGAUAUGUAUGCUGUUCCGAAGCUGAACCUCAUCGGGAAGGGAAAGCGGAAGCAUUCGGACAACGGCAAGGACGACGGUGAAAGAGGCGGAAAACGAUUCAAGCAAGACGCCGAAAGCAACGAGCCUUCUGCAGACAGUGGAAUCUUCUGGCAAGUCAACAUCGACCGUUUCCAUCAGCACUUCCGGGAUCAAGCAAUUGUCAGUGCCGUGGCCAACAGAAUGGACCAGACCAGUAGCGAAAUUGUCCGGACUAUGUUGCGAAUGAGUGAAGUCACAACCUCUUCUAAUGCCCCCUACACUCAGCCGCUCUCUUCCAACGAGAUAUUCCGAUUGCUUCCGACCGGUUACAACAUCUCCAAGCAGAUUCUUGAUCAGUACCUAACCUUGCUAGCAGAUGACCCGCUGGAGUUCGUUGGGAGAUCAGGCGACAGCGGUGGAGGGAUGUAUGUGAUCAAUCUUCACAAGGGCCUGGCCUCUCUAGCCACCGCAACGCUGGAGUCCAUUGUGCAGGAAAGAUUUGGGUCCCGCUGUGCCCGCAUUUUCCGCCUUUUAUUAAGAAAGAGGCACCUGGAGCAGAAGCAGAUCGAGGACUUCGCCAUGAUCCCGGCCAAAGAAGCCAAAGAAAUGAUGUACAAAAUGUUGUCGGCCAAUAUCGUAGCUCUGCAGGAAAUCCCCAAAACUCCAGAUCACGCCCCUUCCCGGACUUUCUAUUUAUACACAGUCAAUACUCUCUCGUCUGCCCGGCUGCUCCUCCAGCGCUGUUAUAAGUGUGUGGCCAACCUGAUAGAACGGCGACUCCACGAGACCAAGGAGAACCGGCGUCUGCUGGAGAAGAGCCAGCGGGUGGAGGCCAUCCUUGCUUCUGUCCAGGCCACGGGGGCUGAGCAGGCACAGCUGCAGGAGAUUGAGGAAAUGAUUACAGCACCCGAACGGCAACAGCUGGAGACCCUCAAGCACAACGUCAACAAGAUCGAUGCCAGUGAAAAUCAAGUGGACGAAACCAUCUUUAUUUUGGAAUCCUACAUCAACAGCACCAUCAGGCGCUGAGCCAUCGGCUGGAGCUCAAAAAAUCCCAUCUUCUAAUUUUUAAAGUCUGAUUUGUUUUGUUUUCAUAUAAAGAUGAUUUAUUUUUAAAAAAAAAAAAUUCCUGCCUUCAUGCGGUGGUACUUUUUGAUGAAGGAAACGUGUGAAUUGAAAGUAUAAAAAUAGUCCUUGAUUUAUGUCUGAUCGUUUAAUGACGGCUCAAAGCUAUAGCGGCCUUGAAAAAGCGAUGUACAAACCUGUAUUCGCGCUUAGCAACUUUUGUAGUACCCCGUGGUCACAUAAACGUUCAUCAUUUGGAUGCUUGGCAACGGCUCACAUUUACAAUUGCAAUCCAACUCCCCUGCAUGAGCAGGGGAGUCUAUACCAGGGGUGUCAAACUCGUGGCCCGUGGAUCGGAUGCGUCACACCCCCCCCCCAGUUUAGGGAAGGGGGGGAAGUCACGAUACGUCACGUGACGACGUGAGUUUGACACCCCCGGUCUGUAUCAUUUCAGUGGCUGUCCUGUCUUUUCUUGAAAGCCUCCAGCGAUGAAGCAUGCACAACUUCUGGUGGCAAGCAGUUCCACUGGUUAAUUGUCCUCGCCGUUAGGAAAUUUCUCCUUAAUUCCAGGUUGCUUCUCUCCUUGGUUAGUUUCCACCCGUUGCUUCUCGUCCUGCCCUCAGGUGCUUUGGAGAAUAGCUUGACCCCCUCCUCUUCGUAUUGAUGUUGAAAGACUGCUAUCAUGUCACCCCUAGUCCUUCUUUUCUUUAAACUAGCCAGACCCAAAUCCUGCAACCUGUUCUUUGUAUGCCACAAAGAAGAGGGAGUCGGGCUGUUCUCC